AUGGUAUCUUCGUUCCCCAAAGACCUGAGCAAAUUUGUGUUAAACAUGUCUUCAUGUAAGCUCAGUCGUUUACACCUUGAAUCGUUAUCAUGUGGGCUCAACUACUGUGAUCCGCGACAGAAGUCUAACCGUAUAGAUUCUCAAGCGAAAAUGGAAGCCUUUUUCGACAAUUUCUCAACUCUGCAACCGACAAAUGAGGAUACCCUUGGCUGGUUCAAAGCAAAAUUGGUGGAUAUAGAACAUCAAUACCGAACAACAUCAAUGCGGCAACGUACAAUAAUGACUAAAGCCCACUUGAGGGCUCUGAAGGAAUUAAAAUCGAAUGAAAACAUGGCUGUUCUACGUCCAGAUAAAGGAUCCGGUGUUGUUGUGAUGGAUAAGAUUUACGGUUUGCAAAAACUACACAAAGAAGACAUUCCACUGCGACCCAUUAUGUCCAUGUGCAACUCGCCACAACACAAAUUAGCCAAGUGGUUAGCAGAAACUCGAAAACCGGUGCGAGACUCCAUUUCCCAAUACAAUUUGAAAGACAGUUUUCAACUGUGCACAUUUUUGGAAGACAAAAGCAUUCAAAACAAGCAUAUGGUAACUAUGGAUGUAAGUGCACUGUUUACCAACGUCCCCCUACUGGAGACCAUCGCGAUCAUUAGUCAAACUAUGGAAGAUAAGAACAUUCACGUUGGACUACCAGCAGAUGAACUGGAAAGGCUUUUGUUGUUGUGCCCAUAA